ACGCACACAACACCCAAGGCUCCCGGUGGGAAUCGAACCCAAAACAUCCGGCAAAUUCGAGUUCGCAGGUCAUCGCCUUCCAACCUAACCGAACCCUAAUCAGUGCAUAUGCCAGCAGCAACGAACACUGGUUAUUUCUGGUCAGUUUCGGCAAAAUAUUUUGCGUCUAACGUAAUGUUGGUUGAAAGAAUACGUGUCCUGCUACAAUUAUUUUUGAAAACGUAGUAUUGAUCAUUUUGGCUUUGCCUUAUAUUUAAAUGGUGCUUGGGAGCGCUUGGAAACUUUCAAAAUGUGCUCGUGCUGUGAAGAUGAAUAUUAUGAAGUAUCUUGCUCGGUAGAGGAACGAAUAGAUCGAGAAUUAUGGGAAAGUAAUGAAAAGGAACGACGUGACAGAGAUAUUUUAAAUGAUUUAAGACAACGAAAUUACCAGCAAGUAUAUAGCUCCAAAACCUCGAAGGUCUUCGGUUUACCAGGUCUGCAAUUUGUACGUUUCACCCACCUAUCAGUCAAAUUCAGUUUUGUACCUUCUUUGCUGUUCGAAAUGAUUUCGAAGAGGAUCGUUUUGUAUAUCUCGCUUCGUUAUUUACCCAGAUAUAACAAAUGGAUUCUACGGCGGGAACCUUUGCCCGCCGAUAGACGUUUUCAUUUUAAUAAGUUCUUUUGCAAUACGAGAAUAGACGAUAUGAAACUAAAUACCGUUAUUUUCGUAAUAUAUCUCCGUCUGAAGAAAUGGUCCAUUGAAUUAGCUGACUUUAAUAAGAAAAAAAAGAAGGAAUUUGAAGAGGGGCGAAUUGAGCCUUUGGAUCUGCUUUCGGAAGACGAAGAACUGCUUUUGACUGAAGAGCAGCGUCAGCUCCUGCACGAAAGGCGAUUAAAAAUACUAAGAAGGAUGAUUCCACCGAGAUCACCGCGGACAAAUAGAAAAAGAAAAGGUGAAAAGCGCAUGAUAUUAUCGAGCUCCAGUGAUGAUUAGAUAUAGCUUUAUAGUCAUAUUCGUGAAAAUUUAUUCUAUACUAUUCUAUUCUAUUAUUUAUAUGUAUAAACUUUAUUGUGUAUUUACAUUAACUUUGCUGGUUGUUAAAAUACUAAUUUGUUUUACUCUGUUACACUAGAUGAGUACUAUUUGUAUAGAUUGUUAUUCUGAUUUGUUGCCAAGUAAAAAUAAAAAUGUUUUCUAGUUAA